CUGCCAUGUGGAAGGGCCACGUUUUAUUCCCAGCCAGUGGCCAAACCACAGCCAGUUAUGGCCCCAAGCCUGGAUAAAAAUGGGAGGGUUGUUUGCCGGGAGCAGCCGAAAGACUAACAACAACUAUAUAUAAAGUUUUCUUUUCCUGAAGUGUGUAUAGUGUUUUGGCUAUAUAUAUAUAUAUAUCGCCAAAACAGGUCCUUGUAUGCGACCUUCUAUAUAUAAGAAACUUUUCUGUCUAAUCUUUCAGCUAAUCAGCAAUUUUUACUUGUAGGGUCUGUGUGUGUGAGUGUGUGUGUGUGUGUGUGUGUGAGAGAGAGAGAGAGAGAGAGAGAGCAAGUGAGUGCAGAGAAAGUGUAAAAGAGCGAGACAGAGAACUUGUGGAUUAAAUGAUGUUGAACUGAACUGCCUGAAACACUCCUGUUUUUUUUUUUUUUCUGAGUGCGCGCUUUUGGUUUAUUUACGGUAACGUGGACCUGCAGUGUCCGCAAAGGGAUCAGGUGAUCUACUGCCUUAAAGCGUAGGUUGAGAGCAGAGAGAGAGAAAACACAAAAUGACAGGCAAAAAUGUGAGGAAGUGAUCUGCUGGGGAUCCGCGAGUCAGCCUGGGGAUGUAGGACGAGCCUGGUCCGAGGAGGAUGUGCUCAUUUUCUUCACGCCUUUUUCAUCUUUCUAUAGAUUAUUAUCAUCAUUAUUAUUAUUAUCAUCAUCGUUGUUGUUGUUGUUAUAAUUACUAUUAUUAUUAGGCCACUCGGUGUACCAUGGGCUUGUGCUAUAGCCUGCGUCCCCGGUUAUUCGGGGAUCUGAGCGGACCGAUCUCCAGCGCGAACUCGGACCCGGAGCAGCAGCCGCCCGACCUGCUCAUUCCGUCGCGUGCCGCCGCCGCCGCCGCUGCGGGGGAAUCUCGGCGCGACGAGUCCGGGGGGAACGGCAAGGCGUCUCCGUCUCCGGGCCAGACGCAGCAGUGGGACGCCGGCAAACCCGCCGCCGGGGAGCGCAGCAGGCUCACGGGAAACUCCGCCGCGGACGGAGCGCUCAUCCAGAACGGAGGCGGCGGCAAGGCCCCGGGACCCGGCAAGGACCGCGGGAGAAAACUGCACCUCCUCCCUGCGUCCAGCCAGAAAGCCAAGAACUGGGACAGACUGCUGGUGGAGGAGAAGGAGGCCCAGAAGGAGGCGCGCAAAGUCAGCAAGAACAUUGACCGCGUCCUGAAAGAACUUAAAAAGGAAUACAAACAAACACACCGACUGCUUUUAUUGGGAGCUGGAGAGUCGGGGAAAAGCACCAUCGUGAAACAGAUGAAAAUUCUCCAUGUGAACGGUUUUAAUGCAGAGGAGAAGCGACAGAAAAUUCAAGACAUCCGGAAAAACGUGAAGGAUGCUAUAGUGACGAUAGUGUCUGCAAUGAGCACUUUAAUACCACCCGUCCCUCUCGCCAACCCGGAGGACCAGUUUAGGAUCGAUUACAUCAAAAGCAUAGAACCGCUCUCAGAUUUUGAUUACCCGCAGGAGUUUUUCGACCAUGCCAAGAAACUUUGGGAUGACGAAGGAGUGAAAGCGUGCUACGAGAGGUCCAACGAGUACCAGCUCAUCGACUGUGCACAUUACUUCCUUGACCGAAUCGAUGCUGUAAGACAAAGUGACUACACACCAACAGAUCAGGACUUGCUGCGCUGCAGAGUUCUGACUUCAGGGAUUUUUGAAACACGAUUUCAAGUAGACAAAGUGAACUUUCAUAUGUUUGAUGUAGGAGGUCAGAGAGACGAGAGGAGAAAAUGGAUCCAGUGCUUUAAUGAUGUCACUGCGAUCAUCUUCGUGGUGGCGAGUAGCAGCUACAACAUGGUCAUUAGAGAGGACAACAACACGAACAGACUACGAGAAGCACUCGAGCUCUUCCGCAGUAUCUGGAACAACAGGUGGUUACGGACCAUCUCUGUUAUUUUAUUCCUCAACAAGCAGGACAUGCUGGCAGAGAAAGUAUUAGCCGGGAAAUCCAAAAUCGAGGACUAUUUCCCGGAGUAUGCUCAGUACACCAUACCAAAUGAAGGUCAUGUAAAGCGCCUGUCAAGGAAAUCCCUGUCAACUCCUGAACCGGGAGAAGACCCAAGAGUGACCCGUGCCAAGUAUUUUAUUCGUGAUGAAUUCCUGAGGAUCAGCACGGCCAGCGGAGACGGACGCCAUUACUGUUAUCCUCAUUUUACAUGUGCUGUCGACACGGAAAAUAUCCGCCGGGUGUUUAACGACUGUCGGGACAUCAUCCAGAGAAUGCACCUGCGGCAGUAUGAACUCUUGUGAUCUGGUGCAGCAAAAGCCAGAGCUAUUUCUGUUUUUUUUUUAAAGAACCCACUCCUAAACAAGGCCAAAACCCAUGAACUAUAUGUAUUUUUGGCAGAUCCUCUUUUUCUUUUUUUUUUUUAAAAAACCUUUUUUUUUUUUUUUUUUUUUUUAAGCUUGUCAUUCCGCUAAGCCUUUGGCUACUUUUCUAGUGUAAGGGCGUGUGUUCAUGUGUUCACCAAGUUGCCAGUUUAUUAGCUAAACCUACCAUAUAGACAACAUUUUUAAAUUUGUUGCUAGGCAACACGUCUGCCCUGUCCAUUGGUGAAUCAGGACCAAUUUAAUCAUCAUCAUCCUGCUGAUGGUGGCAUCAUGGGGAGCACUUGGUCUCUUGUUUGAGUUUUCCCCCAAAUAUGAAACUUUUCUUUCUCCUGACCACCGUACCUUGGGGUUUGAUGAUUAAAGAAACAAAAUCAGGUUUGAUCGAUAGUGUAGCUAAAGUGCUUGGACCCCUAUCAGGACUAUACGGUUAGAUCAUCGAGAAGGUGUAGCUAAUGAACUGGUGAAAACUGUAUGUUCUGUUCUCACACACACGCACACUACUGCAUCCACCAGUUUCUGGAGGUGGCGCCCCCUAGUGACCCCUGACCUCUCGGCCUUUCGGGCUCUCUGCUGCUCUUUGUCUCCGCUCUACUGAAGAGGUGAACACUGGGAAAAGAUGUACGAGUGACGCACUUUUUGCACCGGGUUUUAACUGACUGUGUGUGUGUGUGUGUGUGUGUGUGUGUGUGUUGUACAGGUGGAUACACUCAAUGUAGCAUUGUAAAAGUCAGAGCAUUAUUACAGGUUAAGCGAGUCGACUCAAGACGUUAAAAGCAACCACAGUUUCUUUUGGUCUGUCCAUGCAUUUUUAUUUCAUUUUAUUUCUGACCUUAUACCACUUUGGAUGAUUUAUAUAUAUAUAUAUAUAUAUAUAUAUAUAUAUAUAUAUAUAUAUAUAUAAACACUCUUGUACAGACAGUGCAAGCUGACAUUUCUCUUGCACAGAUUAUUAAAGUUAUUUUGUACAACUUUAUGGAACGAGAGGUGGGGAAAAAAAAUCUACUUGUAGAUCUUUGUGCCUUCGAUAUGGCUGUACCUGUAAAACAAAGCUGAGAUAUAAGUAUGUAUGGAUGUAUGGAUGUUUGUUUUUUCUCUUCAUUUGAUUUGGACUGCACUGUACAGCUUGAUGUCACUCUGUUAGCAGGAGGGACUGCCGAUGGGGACCUACUCUGUAAAUGUUAUUUCCUUUUUUCCUUUCCUUUUUUUUUUUUGGAUUUGUUUUUGUUUGCUUGUUUUGUUUAUAAGAAAAAAACAAAAAACAAAACGCUGAUUAGUUUUUAAAAAAAUGCAAAAAGAAAAAAAGAUCCAAAUAUUUCUGUAUACAUUAUGCAAAUUGACCCCAUUAGCAUACCACAAAAGAGCAACGUACAUAAAACAUAAAAACGGAAAAAAAGUCCGCUGAUCAAAAAGAUACAACCGGGUGUUGUUUUUCAUAGGGACCUUUUUUCAGUAUGAAGUAUGAUUGCAAUAUGUUUGUGUGUGUGUGUGUAGUGUGUAUGAAAGAGUGCGGUUUGCGCUCGCUUAUAAAUGUGUGUACAUGUAAAUUUAUAGGUCUAUAUAAAUAUAUAUGUACAAUUCUACAUGUUUAAUUAUGUGUGUCGACGUGUAUACAUGCCUUUUGAUGUAUACAAAGAAGAACUGUACAUACACACAUAGAUAAGCAUGUGUGGCGUGGAAAUGAAUAAAUGAGUGUGUGCAAUACAGAAAGCCCUUGUGCUUGCGUCCAAGAACCAAAAGUGAGGACAAGGAUCCCUGAUGUGUGAUUAUGGAAUAAAAACAGUGUUUGGUAGAAGCUG